AUGGAAACUUCACCAUUGCGAAUGCCUCUCACUAGAGAAUCUUAUUCCCCCAGGGAGGAUUGCGAAAGUGAACCUUUUGCUCGUAAAAAAAACAACACUCUAGGUCUUAGAAUACUUCUUAUUUGUAUCUCUUCUUUUGUUGUACAGACUGAACUCGCGCAGUUUGUUCAAAAGGAGAAACAAUAUCAUAAGCCAUAUUUUAUAUUAUGGGUGGCACAUAGUAUUUGGAUAAUAGUGCUACCACUUCAGUUCGCUUUUAGACCGCACCUCGGUGAAUAUGUUCAAGAGUUUCUUGGUAUCGGUGGUGAAUUAUUCAACACGGUAAAACCUUCAUACCACCCUGUCCACGUAGACUUUGAAGACGCUGAUGAUACGCCUUCUAUCAUUAAUUACUUGCGCCAUGAUCCUGUUGUCUCUUACCUAUUUAAAAUUUCCGCGUUUUAUGCAUCAUGCGUUUGCCUAGUGGGUUACAGCUGGUAUAUCGCGGUGAACCUAACUACCACGGCCAAGCUAACUACCAUUUACAAUACGAGCUGUUUUUGGACAUAUGUUUUUUCAAUUAUUCUUUUGGGAGAAUUGGUGAAGAUGGUAAAGAUUGGUGCUGUUUGCCUAAGCAUCGCUGGGGUAAUCAUAAUGUCCUUUUUUAAUGAUGAUCAAAAGAUUUCUCAACCCGAUGAUGAUAUUGCGAUUUUUUAUGACAGCAUCUUUACCUCUGGAGAUUUGAUAGCAUUUUCAGGUGCAGUUUUAUACGGGCUAUGUGAAGUUCUGUAUAAGAAAUACGUGAGUCCACCAAGACCUUCGAUUUUAUUCUCCAACACUAUAACUGGUUUAAUCGGUACUUUCACCUUACUGUUUUUGUGGAUACCUAUUCCAAUAUUGCACUGGAUUGGAGUUGAAGAAUUCGAACUUCCAGAUCUACUUACUUUCGGCUAUAUCAUCCUAAUUGCUUUGGCAGGUGUUGUGUUUAAUGCGAGCUUUAUGUUGGUCAUCGCUUUCACCUCACCGAUUUUUGCGGCUAUCGGAAUAAUGUUAACAAUUCCGCUGGUCGCGGUCGUAGAUGUGCUGGUGACCGGUAAUCCAUUAGGUACAAGUGUCCUAGUUGGUAGUCUUUGUAUAUUUCUGGCAUUUCUCUUACUAAGCUGGGAUAAAAUUAAUAUUGAAUUAAGAAAUUAA